UUCUGAGGUGGGCGGGGUAGGUGGUGGCCUGGCAUUGGAAAUGGUGACCAGCCCAAGAGCGCAAAGCUGGAGUGGCUUUGGAGAAAUGUUAUCCCCUGUGAUCCGAGAGCCAGAGGUGACACGGACUGCACGGAAGCAGAGUGCCCAAAAAAGAGUUUUGAUUCGAGCCUCUCAUGAUGAAAAUGUUGGCAAUUCUACACCACGAAACCAGAUGAUUCCUCGAACUCCCAGCUCAUUUCGACAGCCUUUUACUCCACCAAACCGAAGCUUACCAAAAUAUCCAGAUGUUUCCUGCAUUUUGGGAACAGAAGGGAGAUCUCCUCAGCUUACACAGUCUUCAGAGUUUUUGGGAAAUCUGUCCAUGGUAACAAAUCUGGACGACAGUAAUUGGGCAGCUGCGUUUGCAACACGGCAUUUAGGGCUCUUCACAAAAACAGAGCCCAACAACCUCACAGAGGAUGCAAAUGUCAGCGCGGUUAUGUUACGCGAAGAUGACCCGGGAGAAGCUGCAUCCUCAAGCAUGUUUCCUGAUUUCCUGCAAUCUUUUUUGAAGCAUUCUUUAUCUACAGUUUUUGACCUUGUGGAAGAAUAUGAAAAUAUUUGUAGCAGUCAGGUGAAUAUACUGAGUAAGAUGGUGAGCCGAGCGACACCUGGACUGCAGAAAUUUUCCAAAACAGCCAGUAUGCUCUGGCUUCUUCAACAGGAGAUGGUCACCUGGAGGCUGCUGGUUUCUUUGUAUAGAGACAGGAUACAGACUUCAUUACAGAAUGGAAAUAUGCUUACAACUCCUGCUGCUAGUGCCAGUGAAAAAACAUUUGUGGAAGCUUUGUUUCAGAGAGAGUCCCUUGUCCGACAAUGUCAGAUGGUGGUAGAUUGGUUAGAGAGUAUUGCCAAAGAAGAAAUUGGGGAUUUUUCUGAUAAUAUUGAAUUUUAUGCAAAAUCCGUAUAUUGGGAAAAUACCCUCCAUAUUUUAAAACAGCGGCAGCUAGCUUCUUCCAUAGGCAGUGCCCGUCCUCUUGUCACUGAAUUGGAUCCUGAUGCUCCCAUAAGACAGAAAAUGCCCCUUGAUGAUAUGGAUAGAGAAGAUGAAAUUCGAUUACUUAAAUAUCUUUUCACUCUAAUCCGUGCUGGAAUGACAGAUGAGGCACAGAGACUCUGUAAACGUUGUGGUCAGUCAUGGAGAGCUGCAACACUGGAAGGCUGGAAACUAUACCAUGACCCUAAUAUUAAUGGAGAAAUAGGAGCAGAAUUAGAACCUGUUGAAGGAAAUCCAUAUCGACGCAUUUGGAAAAUUAGUUGCUGGAGAAUGGCAGAAGAUGAACGUUUUAAUAAAUAUGAGAGAGCGAUUUAUGCAGCUUUAAGUGGGAACCUCAAGCAGCUUCUUCCUGUAUGUGACACCUGGGAAGAUUCUGUAUGGGCCUACUUCCGGGUGAUGGUGGACAGUCUGGUGGAACAGGAGAUCCGGCUGUCAGUAAUGGCCCAGAACGAAACUGAAGAACUCCCUAGAGAAUACCUAGAAGCAAAUUGGACCUUAGAAAAGGUUUUUGAAGAACUUCAAGCUACUGAUAAAGAGAGAGUUCUGGAAGAGAAUCAAGAACAUUAUCAUGUAGUUCAAAAAUUCCUUAUCCUGGGAAACAUUGAUGGUUUGAUGGAUGAGUUCAGCAGAUGGCUUUCUAAAAGCAGAAGCAAACUACCUGGGCACCUCCUCCGAUUCAUGACUCACCUUGUUUUGUUUUUCCGCACCCUGGGAAUACAGGCCAAAGAAGAAGUUUCGAUUGAAGUUUUAAAGACAUACAUACAGCUUUUAAUAAGUGAGGGGAAUACACAUCUCAUAGCAUUUUACUGCUGUCAUUUGCCUCAAGACCUUGCUGUUGCUCAGUAUGCCUUAUUUUUGGAAGGUGUCACAGAUUUUGAACUUCGCCACAUUUCCUUGGAGCUGGCUAGGGAAGCAGAUUUGGAUGUUGCAACAAUAACAAAAACUGUGGUUGAGAAUAUUCGAAAGAAAGAUAAUGGUGAAUUUAGUCCUCAUGACCUGAGCCCAGACCAAGAGAGUGACACUACUCAGGUAAUUUCAGGUGGAAGAGAAGCCCAUGAAACUUUUACUGAGUGGUUUAACCAUAUGAAUGCAGCUCCACAAAAACCUACUUUAAUAUCCCAGCCAAGUUUUACUGAGCAAGUAGCUUAUGAACAUAAAGAAAAGAAAUAUGAAAUGGAUUAUGAUAUUUGGAAAGGACAUUUGGAUGCCCUAACUGCUGAUGUCAAGGAGAAAAUGUACAAUGUCUUGUUGUUUGUUGAUGGAGGAUGGAUGGUAGAUGUCAGAGAGGAUCCUGAAGGAGACCAUGAAAGGACACAUCAAAUGGUUUUAUUGAGAAAGCUUUGUCUGCCAAGACUGUGUUUUCUGCUUCACACCAUACUGCAUACCACGAGUCAGUACCAGGAGUGCCUGCAGUUGGCUGACAUGGUGUCCUCCGAGCGCCACAAGCUCUACCUGGUAUUUUCUAAACAAGAACUAAAGAAAUUGCUGCAGAAGUUAAGGGAAUCCUCUCUCAUGCUUCUGGAUCAGGGACUUGACCCAUUAGGAUAUGAAAUUCAGUCAUAAUUCAUCCACUGGUUAUAUUCUCACUAAUUCCCAUGACAAAUGGAGGUGUUUUUUUAAAUAAAAUAUGCAUAUUUGUAAUUACUGGAAUUUUUUGUAUUAUUUGGGAGAGAAUGUAAAACUUAGGUAUUUGGAUUUUGU